AUCGUGAAUAACUUAGUUAAUUAUUGUAAAAAUAGUUUUUAUAUUUUAAUUUUUAUUAGAAUUUCUUUAUUUUUUUUUAGUUUAAAAUUUUUAUUUAAUGAUUUAAUUUAUUUUAUUGAAUGAGAAAUUUUAACAAUACAAUCUAUGUCAAUUGUAAUAACAUUUUUAUUUGAUUGAAUGAGUUUAAUAUUUAUAUCUUUUGUUUUAUUAAUUUCUUCUUUAGUUAUUUUUUAUAGAAAUCAAUAUAUGGAAGAAGACUAUAAUAUUAAUCGGUUUAUUUUAUUAGUAUUAAUAUUUGUUAUAUCAAUAAUAAUAUUAAUUAUUAGUCCUAAUUUAAUUAGAAUUUUAUUAGGAUGAGAUGGAUUAGGAUUAGUUUCUUAUUGUUUAGUUAUUUAUUUUCAAAAUGUUAAAUCUUAUAAUGCUGGGAUAUUAACUGCUUUGUCUAAUCGAAUUGGAGACGUAGCUUUAUUAUUAACAAUUGCUUGAAUAUUAAAUUAUGGAAGUUGAAAUUAUAUUUUUUAUUUAGAUUUAAUAGGGAAAAAUAUAGAAAUAAUAAUUAUUGGAGGGUUAGUGAUAUUAGCCGCCAUAACUAAAAGAGCUCAAAUUCCUUUUUCUUCUUGGUUACCUGCUGCAAUAGCUGCUCCUACCCCUGUUUCCGCUUUAGUGCAUUCAUCAACAUUAGUUACAGCUGGGGUUUAUUUAUUAAUUCGAUUUAAUAUUUUAUUAGUUAAUUGAUGAAUAGGUCAAUUUCUUUUAUUAGUCUCUGGGUUAACAAUAUUUAUAGCAGGAUUAGGAGCAAAUUUUGAAUUUGAUUUAAAAAAAAUUAUUGCUUUAUCAACUUUAAGACAAUUAGGACUAAUAAUAAGAAUUUUAUCUAUAGGAUAUUAUAAUUUAGCUUUUUUUCAUUUAUUAACUCAUGCUUUAUUUAAAGCUUUAUUAUUUAUAUGUGCAGGAUCUAUUAUUCAUAAUAUAAAAAAUUCUCAAGAUAUUCGAAUAAUAGGAAGACUAAGAAUAAGAAUGCCUUUAACGUGUAGUUGUUUUAAUGUGGCUAAUUUAGCGUUGUGUGGGAUGCCUUUUUUGGCUGGAUUUUAUUCUAAAGAUUUAAUUUUAGAAAUAGUAAGUUUAUCUUAUUUAAAUUCUUUUUCUUUUUUUCUUUUUUUUUUUAGAACAGGAUUAACUGUAUGUUAUUCAUUUCGUUUAGUUUAUUAUUCAAUAACUGGAGAUUUUAAUAGAAGAGUUUUACAUCCUUUAAAUGACAAGGGAUGAACUAUAAUUUUUAGAAUUUUUUUUUUAAUAAUUAUAGCAAUUAUUGGAGGAUCAAUAUUAAGAUGAUUAAUAUUUUUUAAUCCAGCAAUGAUUUGUUUACCUUUAAUUUUAAAAAUAUUAACUUUAUUAGUUUGUAUUUUAGGAGGAGUUAUAGGGUAUAUUUUAAGAAACGUUAAAUUAUUUUUUAUAAAUAAAUCUUUAUAUUAUUAUAAUUUUGUUUGUUUUGUUGGGUCUAUAUGAUUUAUACCAAUUAUUUCUACUAUUGGAGUAAUUAAUUAUCCAUUAAAAUUAGGAUUAUAUUCAUAUAAAAGUUUUGAUCAAGGAUGAAGAGAAUUUUUUGGGGCACAAAUAUUAUAUUUUAAAUUAAAAUCUUAUUCUUUAUAUUUACAAGAAUUUCAAAAUAAUAAUUUAAAAAUUUAUAUAUUAAGAUAUAUAUUAUGAUUUAUUGUAUUAUUAAUGUUAAGUAUAUUUUUAAUUUAA